AGUACACAAGAUCUACGUAGGCUUCAGCUUGGGCAUUUGUGGAGCAAAACUUUGUUCAUCGUUUUUGGGCUGCAAGUCGUUUCUCAUCUACCGUGGGGAGGAGGACAUCAAGCGUAGAUUCAAUUAUUUUCUCUGCAUAGACCACAGGGGCGGGUUUACUGUUUCUUGGAUUUUCGGACCCGCUCACUCACCUUGCUGAAUUGACGUCACCCUCCGUAGCCUUUUUGUUGGUUUUGUUGGAGGGAGAGAGUUGUGGACGACUGGUAGAGUCCCUGAAGUGAAGAAACAUCUCUGCUUAGUACAAUCGUUGGACGUUGUUCGAUUUACGGGAGAAAUGGCUCGGGAGUACGACCACUUGUUCAAGCUACUGAUCAUUGGAGACAGCGGUGUUGGAAAGAGCAGCUUGUUACUGCGGUUUGCUGAUAACGUCUUCUCGGGCACAUACAUCACAACGAUCGGUGUCGACUUCAAAAUCCGGACCAUUGACGUAGAUGGAGAAAAAGUCAAGCUGCAAAUCUGGGACACGGCUGGACAGGAGAGAUUCCGUACCAUCACCUCCACAUACUACCGCGGAACGCACGGUGUCAUUGUAGUCUACGACGUUACAAGUAGUGACAGCUUCAUCAACGUCAAGAGAUGGCUGCAGGAGAUUGACCAGAACUGCGAUGUUGUCAACAGAGUGCUAGUGGGCAAUAAGAACGACUGUCCGCCGGAGAAGAAAGUGGUGGACACGGAGGACGCCAACAAGUUCUCCGACCAGAUGGGCAUUCGCCUCUGGGAGACCAGCGCCAAAGAGAACAAUGGAGUCGAGGAGGUGUUUGUUGAGCUGACGAGAAUGGUUUUAAAAACGAAGAAAGAGUCUGAAGCAGCUGGUGGAGGCCAGCCUGCCAGUGGUGGUGCCAUCAAGAUCAACAAGUCGUCCGGAUCCGACAAGAAGGGAUGCGCGUGCUAAGCUCCGCCGGCUCUGCGCUGCAACGCUGCCUGUCCGGUUCGCCCUGUGGUAGCUGGGAGUCUGUGAUCUGUUUGUGUGUGGUUGUGUGUGUGCGUGUGUGUGCGUGUGUUAGCAAUUGCUGCCGCAGAAGAAGCGGCUGUUAGUGAGUCGCUGUUCCGGUUAAAUUCUUACUUUGUGUCUCCGUUGUGUUGAUGACUGGUUGGACCAUCAUCGCCACCCGCUACUGUUAAGGCUCUGGCUGUUGGUUUGCCUGUGCGUUCUUCUGGUCAUCUGAACUGUUAGCUGCGCGGCGGCGGCUCACCUGCUUGCCACCGCCGUCCUCUGACCUGCUGAUCUCGACGGGUUGCUAGUCCUCCUGCUCUUGUCGGUGUGUGGUGGUGGUGUGUCUGUUGACGUGAGGACGUGCUGUUCCUGUGUGUCUGUUUCCAUGCUGUCCAACACCUGCCACCGGGUGUGUGUCGCUCUCUCGAGAGGUCGGUUUGUUUGUGAGUGGUGGCCUGUUGGCGAGAGUCGCGCGCGUUUUCGUUAGCUUUGCUCGACGAAACAACGCCAUGCGACUGCUCCCUCUCUGUGUCCUUUUUUCUCUCCAAUCUCUCUUCUUUUCUCUGUGUAUCUAUGUGUUUUCUGUCGCUGUUCCCAUCCAUUGUUUUGGCAAUGGGCACACAUAUGCAUGUCCAGGGCCUUUUGACCGUUUUCAACCCGCUUCCGUUUCUCUCUUUGCUCGACGACGCGUGUGAAGAAAUGUUGUGAUUAUUUCGUCUUCAUUCCCGGGAGCCCUGUUGUUUAUACUGUAUACUUUCUAUAUAUAUCUAUUACUACUUCAAAAGUAUUCGAUCCGAGGACGGGGCGUUUUUCCCCCGCCGCUCGCAUUGCUAGGCUGUUGGCUAAACUGAUUCCGUUGCUGCUGUUCUUCAAUGACCCUCUACCUCGCCUGGCACGCCGAUCGUCUUGUCUCUCA